AUGCCUCGGUCACGACAGAGACGACGAAGCUGCCGUACGUACAUCCUGCUCCACGAGUCACUGUCGGAGCGCAAUGGCGAGACCUCCGAAGUCACGAGCAGCGACGUUCACCGCCGGGUGCUCGUACUCCAAGCACCUCGAUUGGAUCCCCAUACAGAAGAGGCAGUUCUUCCAAGUGAGCGGAUGCAGCAGCUUGAGACGCAUACCAUUUACGCCCGGCCGGUGAGUGAAGCAGAAGAGGCGUUUUUCGCUGAAGCAGAACGCGCCUAUCAGCAGGAAAAAUCGCUUUUCAUCCCGGAAGACACCUUUCCAGAUGAUGGAUACGACUAUGAACAGCAUUUUCGAGAGCGUGGCGAUGGAGUAUUUAUCCCAGCGCCAAUAAUCGCCACUGACCUGAACACGCGAGCAUGCGACGCCUGCGGCUCCGCUGGCGCUCGAGACCCCGCUGACCCUGAACUUGCGUCGGACCUGAAUCGGGUGCUGGAUCUACUGGCGUCUGACGAGGAAGCCUCCGAGGCGGGAUCUGAGUCCGAAGAAACAGCAUGCUCUGCUGCAGAUGUCGCCUCAGCUGACGAGCUUACCGACGACUUUGUGCUUCAGGCAAACGCACUAGUCGGUACAUGUUCUCUUUCGAAGAACGCGGUUGAUGUCCGCUUUCGAGACGUUGACGCAACCCAGAAGCAACGCCCAGUGCAGAGGCGUCCUAGAGACUUCUUGGAUGAACAAUUCGAUUCCUUUCUACAGACUGUGUAUGCAGACCAUGGUGAUCCAGGCGAACCGGAUGCAUGCACCGCGUCGCCGACCGCUCGGCACCCGCAUUCCCCAGACGUUUUCGACCGGAUGCUGGCCGACUUUGAGGAGGAUCUGCGACGAUUACGUGUGGAUCCUACAAAGGAUUUUCAGCGUGUGCAACUUCGCUCCAGAGACGCCGCCCACUGCGAACCUUCAAAUGGCAUGACGGAAGGCAUCCAGUCUGGUUCAGCGAAAGGAUGUCGUGAACUGCAUGGUCCAGCUGAAAUCGCGGCGGGCCUUGACGCUCGCCAGGUCGUACCGCGCAUCGCGCAUCCUGAUCAAGUUGCGCCCCGCUGCACCGCGAUAGCGCCUAGAGCGCCACCGCAUGAGCGCCUAUCCGACGAUAACAACGCCUGCUACAGCACGGAAUCUGAUGCCUCGGACUGGAGCGAUCAUUGGAGCUCCAGUGAUGAUGUAUGCAGUGCAGAUCGGAUCACCGCAGAGUCCGGAUCCGUCGCCAGAGCUGCUGCGGGCCGGUAUGUACCGCAGCUCAUCCGGUGUGUGCGCGGCAGCAGCGCGGGUCGUCAGACAGCGCGCGAGCUCGACUUGCCUGAGUCUGAGAAGGCAGUACCGCAUCUAGGCUCGAACGCAGCGCACGGUGCAAUCAUUGAACAGCGGCAACCGGCAGAUGCUUUCCCGCCACUGCCGUCUGGUGUAAGGAUAUCCGCUGAGAGUCCCAAUCAGGAACAGAUGGUGGCAGGGAAUUCACGGGUGCUGAGGCAUGGCGGUGCCAACGAUUCGCGCGAAGAGAAGCGGCUUCUCAAAGCGCAACGACGGGAGCGCAGAGCGGUCAAAAAGGCCUUGAAAGAAGCGUAUUCGCGAGAGCGACAUCGCCAAAAUAUCCACAGACAUCUUCUCGGUGCGGCGAAGGUGAGCGUGGAGUAUCGUACUGCGCUGUAG